AAAUAUCAACAUAUAAUUGGUCUUCGCAGCUGUCGAUUGGAUCUGAGUCUUUCGCUUUCUCCGUCUCGUUGUCGGUGCUACUUACCCUCCGGUUGUAGCUGGAGCGGUCUGUCUCUCAUAAUCUCAUUGUCGAAAUCUUUUCAGCGAUUAGCUAUCUUACAGUCUCUCACAAUUCCGCCUGUAGUGAAGAAUGACAUCAAGUGAAACUAAAGUUUGAGUGUUAAUGAAAUAUUAUCGAGUGUUUCUAAAUAUUGCUGUUUUUGGAUUGGAUUUGACUGAGGAUCAACUAGCUUUUGAGUAAGAAAACAUGGAGUUGAGUCCUGCAGCCAAAAUCUACAAAACCCAUGGGCGCUGAGGUCUGCCAGAUCUGUAGUGACACUGUUGGCACGACUGUGGAUGGCGAUCCCUUUGUUGCUUGUGCUGUUUGUACGUUCCCUGUCUGCCGCCCCUGUUAUGAGUAUGAGAGGAAAGACGGUAAUCAGUCAUGCCCUCAAUGCAAGACCAAAUACAAGUGGCACAAAGGGAGCCCUCCGAUUCAAGGGGAAGAGGCGGAAGAUGCUGAUGUCAAUGAUGAGGCAAAUGCUGUGAAUGGUUCAAGUUAUAAGUUGGGGGUUCAAGAUAGGAGCCAUAAUAAGAAAGAACAAACAAUACAUAAUUGGGACAUGAGCUAUGGUAAAGGGGAGGAUGUUGCACCCCCUGAUUAUGAUAAAGCGGUUUCUCUUAAUCAUAUUCCCCUGCUCACAAAUGGACGUUCUGUUUCUGGGGAGCUGUCAGCUGCUUCUCCAGAGCGCCUUUCCAUGGCAUCUCCUGAAAGUGGCAUCAGAGGAAAGCAUAUAGAUCCACUUCCUUUUGUAGUGGAUGGCAAUCGUUCACGGUCAGGCAGUGUAGCUUGGAAAGAGAGAAUUGAUGGUUGGAAGAUGAAGCAGGAGAAGAACGUAGUUCCAAUGAGUGUUGGUAAUGCACCAUCUGAAGGCAGGGGUGGUGGAGAUUUUGAUGCUAGCACUGAUGUGCUUUUGGAUGAUUCUUUACUAAAUGAUGAAGCCCGCCAGCCUCUAUCAAGGAAGGUUUCUAUUCCUUCCUCUAGGAUCAACCCUUACAGGAUGGUCAUAGUUCUGCGGCUUAUUAUUCUUAGUAUUUUCCUGCACUACCGUAUAACAAAUCCAGUUCCCAAUGCUUAUGCUUUGUGGUUAGUAUCUGUGAUUUGUGAGAUAUGGUUUGCAAUAUCAUGGAUAUUGGAUCAAUUCCCUAAGUGGCUUCCUGUGAACCGUGAGACAUAUCUUGACAGGCUAGCUUUAAGAUAUGACCGAGAAGGGGAGCCAUCUCAAUUGGCUGCGGUUGACAUUUUUGUCAGUACAGUUGACCCCUUAAAGGAGCCCCCACUUGUCACAGCCAAUACUGUCUUAUCCAUUCUUGCAGUAGACUAUCCAGUGGACAAAGUAUCUUGCUAUGUUUCAGAUGAUGGAGCUGCUAUGUUGUCAUUUGAAGCUUUGUCUGAAACGUCAGAAUUUGCGAGAAAAUGGGUUCCUUUCUGCAAGAAAUACAGCAUUGAACCUAGAGCACCUGAAUGGUACUUUGCACAGAAAAUUGACUACUUAAAGGACAAGGUUCAUCCAUCAUUUGUCAAAGCUCGCAGAGCUAUGAAGAGAGAAUAUGAAGAGUUCAAAGUUCGUAUCAAUGGGCUAGUGGUAAAGGCACAAAAGAUUCCUGAUGAAGGAUGGUUCAUGCAAGAUGGUACACCUUGGCCCGGAAAUAACACCAAAGAUCAUCCAGGGAUGAUCCAGGUUUUCUUAGGACAUAGUGGAGGACUUGACAGUGAGGGUAAUGAGCUUCCGCGGCUAGUCUAUGUAUCUCGUGAGAAGCGUCCCGGUUUCCAACAUCAUAAGAAGGCUGGUGCUAUGAAUGCACUUGUUCGUGUAUCCGCAGUUCUCACUAAUGGGCCCUUCUUGUUGAAUCUUGAUUGUGACCAUUACAUAAACAACAGUAAGGCACUACGUGAAGCUAUGUGUUUCUUAAUGGAUCCUAACCUCGGGAAAACAGUGUGUUAUGUUCAAUUCCCACAGAGAUUUGAUGGGAUUGAUAAGAAUGAUCGAUAUGCCAAUCGUAAUACUGUUUUCUUUGAUAUCAAUUUAAGAGGCUUGGAUGGCAUCCAAGGCCCUGUAUAUGUGGGUACAGGGUGUGUUUUCAACAGAACAGCAUUGUAUGGCUAUGAGCCUCCUCUCAAGCCUAAGCACAAGAAAGCAGGCAUGAUCUCUAGAUGCUUUGGUGGAUCAAGGAAGAGGAGUUCCGGAUCAAGUGGAAAGAACUCAAAUAAGAAAAAAUCAGGCAAGCAUGUUGACCCAACUGUGCCAAUCUACAAUCUAGAAGAUAUAGAAGAAGGAGUGGAAGGUACUGGAUUUGAUGAUGAGAAAUCACUGCUCAUGUCACAAAUGAGCCUAGAGAAAAGGUUUGGUCAAUCUGCUACUUUUGUUGCUUCAACACUGAUGGAAAAUGGUGGUGUUCCACAGUCUGCCACUCCAGAAUCCCUCCUCAAAGAAGCCAUUCAUGUCAUAAGCUGUGGAUAUGAAGACCCGACUGACUGGGGAAGAGAAAUUGGAUGGAUCUAUGGUUCUGUUACUGAGGAUAUCCUUACGGGGUUCAAAAUGCAUGCCCGAGGUUGGAGAUCGAUCUAUUGCAUGCCACAACCUCCUGCCUUUAAAGGAUCCGCUCCUAUUAACCUUUCUGACCGUCUGAACCAAGUGCUCCGCUGGGCUCUGGGUUCUGUUGAAAUUCUUCUAAGCCGGCACUGCCCUAUAUGGUAUGGUUAUGGUGGAAGGCUAAAGUGGCUGGAGAGAUUUGCAUAUGUGAACACCACUAUAUAUCCAGUCACAGCCAUUCCUCUUCUUGCCUAUUGUACAUUGCCAGCAGUCUGUCUUCUCACGGGAAAGUUCAUUAUUCCACAGAUUAGUAACAUUGCCAGUAUCUGGUUCAUAUCCCUCUUUCUUUCCAUCUUUGCCACUGGUAUACUGGAAAUGAGAUGGAGUGGUGUUGGGAUUGAUGAAUGGUGGAGAAAUGAACAGUUCUGGGUUAUUGGAGGUGUAUCAGCUCAUCUAUUUGCUGUUGUUCAGGGCCUGCUUAAGGUCCUUGCUGGAAUUGAUACCAAUUUCACCGUCACUUCCAAAGCUUCAGAUGAAGAUGGCGAUUUUGCUGAGCUGUAUAUGUUCAAAUGGACGACUUUGCUCAUCCCACCAACUACUCUCCUAAUAAUCAACCUGGUUGGGGUUGUUGCUGGAAUCUCCUAUGCCAUUAACAGUGGGUACCAAUCUUGGGGUCCUCUCUUUGGGAAGCUAUUUUUUGCUUUCUGGGUGAUUGUUCAUCUCUAUCCUUUCCUUAAGGGUCUGAUGGGACGCCAGAACCGAACACCCACAAUUGUUGUUGUGUGGUCAGUUCUACUUGCCUCUAUCUUCUCCUUGCUCUGGGUUCGAAUUGAUCCUUUUACAACCCAGGUGACUGGCCCGGAUGUUGAACUGUGUGGAAUUAACUGUUAGAGAGUGAGAUGUUGGCGGGAUAAGGAAACAUUUCGGUACGCUGCAGAAGAAAAAUGUGAAGAUUUUGUAUGGAUGCAGCUGGCAAAAUCUUCAAAGGAAGCUGCUUUUUGGCUUUUGCUUGUGUCAUACUUGAGUUGGAGUCUUGAAGUUUUUGCGAAGUAAAUUAUGUGUUCAAUACAUUAUUGUUUUGCUUUUUUUUUUUUUUUAUUGUUUAUUUAUUUAUCUGAUUGUUAAACAAAUAAUUUAUUUAUUUAUGUAUUGUAAGUCGGUUAAUCACAGAGAAUGGGCACUGGACUUCUCUCUUCAA